UUUCAAAACGACGCAUACCUCAGUCGCACAAUCCCAUGCACACCACAGAACGAAGUAGAUUAUAGCAUAUCUGAUUUCAAUUCUCAUUUACUCCACCAUUUUCUUCCUUCUUCGCCUUUCCAUUUUUUCCCAAAAUCCCAAUAUUUGAUGUAACUGCAACACAGUGAUGAAGAAUGCUUUGAUAGGGUUGAAACCCUCACUCUCAAUUCCUCUUUCUCACUCUUUUCAGUUCUCUUCUUCCCUUUCUCUCACACCCCUCCCUUUUUCUCUCUCCACGAAACCACACACACUUCUCGCAUUCGCUAACAGCAACAAAGAUUUGAGGGAACAGGAAAACUCACAGCAGCCACAGCCACAGCCACCCAAUGGUUCCAAGGAACAGCAAAAGCCGCAGCAAGAGAAUAGCAAUGAUGGGAGUAAUCAAAGAUUGCCCCUUUUGGGUUUCAAUUGGAGGAACCUGUUGGACCCUGACCCCGACAACGUCCUUGCACUUGGCCUAACGGGAAUUCUCACAUGGGCAAGUGUGCAAGUUCUCUGGCAGCUCUUGUUCAUCUCUUUCGCCAUUCUUGUUGCUGCCCUCAAGUACUCUUUCAUCGCUGCUCUUCUUGUGUUCAUUCUCAUUGCCCUUCUUUGAUAAUUUUAGUUUCUUUUCUGCUUUCUGUGAUCCUAUUUGAUAUUAUGGAAGGUAUGACUUUUGAAAAGUAGUUGGGUCUGUGAUUGAAUGAUAAUGUAAAAAGCAAUUAGUGAAAGUAAACAAGCUUAUCUUCUUGUUUUCAUCAUCA